AUGGAUGAACCCAUACGACACGACGACAGAGACGCAAGCUCAGAUGACGAGCCAUACGCGGCCCUGGCUUGGGAGGAGGCUUCCCUCCUACAUUGGUACUCUCUUCACCUACCCACCACAGUUCCCUCGCCCGUGCUCAACAUGGUCGCCGCCCAUGGGGAUGGAGUCCGCGCGGCCAUUUUGGCAAUUUGCCAAGGCGGCGAGUACCAAUUUACUCCCUUGGUCACGGACAUCACCCUCCUGGUCUCUCAGCCUGGCGUGGUCAAGCACGGAAAGGUCAUUCACAGAAAUGCGAUUUCGAAAACUUGCCAUGGGAUCGCUUGCUACUCGCCCUUCUUAGAGACAAUGCAAGAAGUCAUGUCGACAUCCGCCGUUUUGGCAGAACUCGGAGAGCGAUUUGAAGGAGCGUGUACUGUCCUCCUUAGCAAAACGAUCACCCACACAUUGAGUACUCAAGGCCACGCAGCUGUUAAAAAAUUCGGGAAACUUCUCAAGGACAACACCAUCCUUACGACUAUUUCUCUCCUCCAUAACCCAUCCGCCGGAGGAAUCCAUGAUUGA